GAUCGAGAAUUAAGAUUGAAAACACAAUCCGCGUACGACAGUUCGGUUUAGAAAGUGAUUUUUAAUAACUGGAACUAUGAAAUCAACAACUUGCUUUCUGUUGCUAUCAUGUGUUUCAACUAUGUUAACGAGAGAAUUACCCACAACAUUUCAGCGCUGCAAACAGAAAGACCCCAAUUUCGAAGGCUGUAUCGUCAAUGCAAUCAACGGUGCCCUGCGAUUGAUGAAAAAUGGUUUACCUGAAUUUGGCAUUCUUCCACUUGACCCACUCCUUGUUAAUUCGCUUUCUAUUGAACAGGGAUCUUCUUCUCCAAUCAAUCUGAAGCAGGAAUUUCAGAAUGUAAAAUUGAACAACUUAGUAAAUUCGACCGUUACAAAAUUUGUGGUUGAUCUUGAGAGAUUUGUUAUCAGAGCAGAAGCUAUCACGCCCCACAUGGAAUUUGUUGGUGACUACACGAUGGAUGGACGUGUUCUCCUAUUGCCUGUCACAGGUCGAGGUUUUUCCAACGUUACGUUACGGGAACUCGGGACCACACACGAACUGAUUGGUGAACCAGUCAAGAAAAAAGGAGAAACAUAUAUGCGUAUCAAUAAAUAUAAUGUAAAAUUCGACAAUCCUAAAUUGAUGACGGUCCUUUUUACCAAUUUGUUCAACGGAGAUAAAGCAUUAGGAGAUGCGAUGAAUAAGGUGUUGAAUGAUAACUGGCAGCUUAUGUUCAACGAGCUUCAGGGAGCUUACGAAGACACGUUUGGUUAUAUUUUCAGAGAUAUCACCAAUAAACUAUUUCUUAAAGUUCCUUUGAAUAAAAUCUUUUUAGAAGAAUAGAACUGAAUGUAACAAAA